AUGGGAAGAUGGUCGCUUAUUGCCGGGAGAUUACCCGGGAGAACAGAUAACGAGAUAAAGAACUAUUGGAACACACAUAUUCGAAGAAAGCUGAUAAACAGAGGGAUUGAUCCAACGACUCACAGAGCAAUCCAAGAAUCAUCAGCUUCUCAGGAUUCUAAACCUACACAACUUGAACCAAUUACGAGUAACAACACCAUCAAUAUCUCCUUUACUUCUUCCUCUUCUGCUCCGAAGCUCGAAGCUUUCCAAGAAAGCAUAAGUUUUCCGGGAAAACCAGAGAACAUCUCAAUGCUUACGUUCAAAGAAGAAAAGGUCGAGGAGGGGCCAAUGGAAGAGAAGUUGCCAGAUUUGAAUCUUGAGCUCAGAAUCAGUCUUCCCGAUGCUGCAGAUCGUCGUCAAGGCGCAGAAACGCCGCGUUGUUGUUUCAAGUGCAGCUUAGGGAUGAUAAACGGCAUGGAGUGCAUGUGUGGAAGGAUGAGAUGCGAUGUAGCCGGAGGUAGCAGCGGCAGUGGCAACGCGGGUGACAUGGGCAACGGGUUUGAUUUUUUAGGGUUGGCCAAGAAAGAGACCGCUUCUCUUUUGGGUUUUAGAAGCUUGGAAAUGAAAUAUUAA